CCUCUCGUCUCCACUCUCCAUUAUUUCGCACACUACUACUUUGGCACCCUCGUAGAUUAAACACCCCAUGUCGUCGCAAGCCUUUAUCGUCGCAGCCAAGCGCACUCCCUUUGGCGCCUUCGGUGGUAAGCUCAAGGAUCUGAGCGCCAACGAGCUCGGCGGCCUCGCUGCCAAGGCCGCGCUCGCCCAGCUGCCUGCCAGCGCCCAAGCCCACCUCACACAGAGCACGUCCGAGCGGCAGUCGGUGAUUUUCGGCAACGUCGCACAGACCUCGACCGAUGCGCCCUACCUGGCUCGGCACGUCGGCCUGCGCGCCGGCCUGCCAAUCACCACCCCAGCCUACACGGUCAACCGGCUCUGCACGUCUGGGUUCCAGACGAUCAUCAACGCGGUGCAGGAGAUCAAGGUUGGCGAUGUUGAUGUGGCCGUGACCGGCGGAAGCGAGAGCAUGAGCCAGGCGCCGUACGUGCUGCGCAAUGUCCGCUGGGGCACAAAGUUCGGGCCCGAGUACCUGAAGAUGGAGGACGCUCUGGCGGCCUCGCUGACCGACCGGUACCCGGAGGUCGUCCCCAUGGCGAUCACCGCCGAGCGCCUUGCCGACCAGUACAGCGUCUCCCGCACGGACUGCGACGAGUUUGCUCUGCGCUCGCAGACACUGUGGGCGCAGGCCCAGGAGUCGGGUGUGUACGAUGCCGAGAUUGCCCCGGUCGAGGUCAAGGUCAAGCGCGCGGUUGAGCAGGUCACCAAGGACGAGCACCCGCGCCCCAAGACGACCAUCGAGGGGCUCGCCAAGCUGCCUGCUGUGUUCAAGAAGGACGGUGUUGUGUCAGCCGGCAAUGCCUCGGGCAUCAGUGACGGCGGCAGUGCCUGUGAUCGUUGCUGGCGAGCAGUUCGUCAAGCAGCACGACAUCCAGCCGCUCGCCCGCAUCGUGGCCUACCACAUCGUCGGUGUCGACCCGGGACUCAUGGGCAUCGGCCCUGUCGGUGCCAUCCAGGGCGCCCUGGCCAAGUCGAACCUGACCAUGGACCAGAUGGACAUCAUCGAAAUCAACGAGGCCUUUGCUGCCCAGGUCCUGUCGUGCGCCAAGGCUCUGGACAUCGAUCCUGCUCGCCUCAACGUGUCCGGUGGUGCCAUUGCCCUGGGCCAUCCGCUCGGUGCCUCGGGAUCGCGCAUCAUGGGCCACCUGGCGCACCGCCUGAAGGCUACCGGCGGCCGCUACGCUGUUGGAUCUGCCUGCGCCGGCGGUGGCCAGGGCGUGGCCAUCAUCAUCGAGGCCCUCUGAGCUUGCUCCUAGAAGAUAUUUGAAAAACCGAAAUUUAUGUUUUGUAAAACACAGAAGGAACAGGAAAUAGGAGUUUAAAAAGGAAAACGUCAAGGAAAAAGAGGGGAGGGGAAACGAUGAGGCUGCUUGGGCAACCCGUGCAGAAGC